AGUUGUCAUUUUGGUUGUAAAUGUCAAAAUUGAACCAAAAUAAAGAAUCAACUGUCAAAGCCAAAUCCUGUUUUAUACUUUUUGAGAUUCCUUCUUCCUUUUUGAGUUUUGCUAAACGCGAAAACGUGAAAAAUAUCAACCCAAAGACUGUCUGUUAACAUCCCAAGUGCGGUUAUAUUAGUAUUAAAUAGGAAUCUUGUGAUCAAGAAAUAUGGCAACCAAUAACAUGGAUGAAGAGCAGGCUCUUCGUGAAUGCGAAGCAUACGUUCAAGCUCACAAUAUACAGCAGAUCCUUAAGGAUUGCAUUGUUCAAUUAUGUGUCAGCCGUCCCACAAAUCCCAUUUCUUUCCUGAGAGAACAUUUCCAGAAGCUGGAAAGGGAACAAGCCUUAGACGCCAAACAGCAAGCCGCCUCCCCGGAAGACGCCGAAGACCUCUCCCCUCUGCCCGCGCAUGCGCAGCCGCCCGCCAGGCGUCGCGGCGGCAUCAGCGCCGAGCCCGUCUCCGAAGAGGAUGCCACCAGCUACGUGAAGAAGGUCGUGCCCAAGGACUACAAGACGAUGGCUGCCCUCUCCAAGGCCAUCGCGAAGAACGUGCUGUUCUCGCACUUGGACGAGAACGAGCGGUCCGAUAUCUUCGACGCCAUGUUUCCGGUCAACUGUCUUCCGGGAGAGGCGAUAAUUCAACAGGGCGACGAGGGGGAUAAUUUCUAUGUGAUAGAUGUUGGGGAAGUGGAGGUGUACGUGAACAACGAGCUGGUGACGACGAUCGGCGAGGGCGGCAGCUUCGGCGAACUGGCCCUCAUCUACGGCACGCCGCGCGCCGCCACUGUCAAAGCGAAGACGGACGUCAAGCUGUGGGGCAUCGACAGGGACAGCUACCGGAGGAUCCUCAUGGGCUCGACGAUACGCAAAAGGAAGAUGUACGAGGAGUUCCUGUCGAGGGUGUCCAUAUUGGAGAAUCUGGACAAGUGGGAGAGGUUGACGGUGGCGGACGCCCUCGAGCCGGUCAGCUUCGAGCCGGGCGAGACGAUCGUGCGACAGGGCGAGCCGGGCGACGACUUCUACAUCAUCGUGGAGGGGCAGGCGACGGUGCGGCAGGUGCGCGCCGAGGGCAGCGAGCCGGCCGAGGUGGGCCGAUUGGGGCCGAGCGACUACUUCGGCGAGAUCGCGCUGCUGCUCGACAGGCCGCGGGCGGCCACCGUCGUGGCGGGCGGGGCGCUCAAGUGCGUCAAGCUGGACAGGGCCAGAUUCGAAAGAGUUUUGGGGCUCUGUGCAGAUAUCCUGAAACGGAAUAUAACACAGUACAACAGCUUUGUCUCCCUCUCAGUUUAAUACUGAACAAUGUGAAUAAUAUGAUACUUUUUUUCUUCAAUGAACUGACUCUUGAGCCAAAUUCAGAGUUUUAUUUUUUGGUAGAAAAUCGCAUUUUCAGUUUUUUCUGUUAUUUUGUUGUUGAGAAAGUACUAUCAAAAGUAACGGUUACAUAUUUUUAUACAACUUUGUCAGCCAGUUUCCAAUAAAAUUUUUACAAAUAAAAUGAGGAGUUACUGUUUGAUAGCACUUCUGAUGUUUGUUUAACUUUGAUUAUGUAACAAUAAUAUAAUAUUAUAUUGUAUAUACUUGAAUAAUUCUUCCAUUUAAAAUAUAUCUUAGUU